UAAAAAGGCAACUUCAUAUUUAUUGACUAUGUUUACUCCAUGAAGUUUUCAAAUAACGCUGUUUUAAUGUAUUUCUAUUUCUAUCUUUCAAUCUGUUAUCUAAGAAAUGAAAUUGAUAUUUGUGUUAGUGUUAUCUAACUUACCAACUAUGUAUGUAAAUUAAACGAUAGUGAACAUGUACGUUACAUAUGUAUAUACACGCAACUAAAAAGAAUAGAAAUCAGUUAUAUUUCUACUAAUGUAUUAUUUUUGGAUAAAACUCAUUGUAAAACAUUCAUAGGAAGUUGACAUAGGAAGUUAUUAAAUUAUUUAAUAUUUUCGCAAAAUUAAUGAUGACUUGAACAUGCAAAUCUCCAGUUUCACGAUAAUCUUAUAAAACUUAACAAGUUUAAGAUAAGGUUUUAUUUUAAUUUUUCAUUACUGAUCUGCUAUCAAAACUUUUAAAAAUAACAUGUCUAGCUUAUAUGUUUUGAGUAUAUGGGAACAAGAAUAAUUACUUGUGAACAAAAUUAUUUGAUGAGAAAUGCAAAUGCAAAUACCUUUAAUUCAAGAUGAAAAAACAAAUUCAUCUUGGUCAAGGAAGGAGAGGCAAAAAUGGUUUCUAUCACUAUUAUGUGGUACUUGUCUCAUAUAUGCUACAAGAACAUCUGUUCCUUUAUUAAUGCCAAUUAUAAGUAAAGAGAAACAAUGGUCCAAACCAGAUUCUGGAGUAAUAUUGUCUAGUUUUUUUUGGGGUUAUACAUUAACGCAAGUUGCUAGUGGUUAUAUUAGCGAUAGAAUUGGAGGACAAAAAGUAUUAUUGAUCUCUGCUCUUGGAUGGUCUAUGACAACAUUUUUUAUGCCAGAAGUCAUAGGACUCUUUUCAAAGAAUGAUAGUUCUGUGUUAUUAGUAGCAGCAGUGAGAACAAUAAAUGGUGCAUUCCAAGGAAUGCAUUUUCCCAGUAUGAUUAGUUUAAUAAGUCAACGAUUGCACGAAACAGAAAGAGCCUCAUUUUUUAGUUUAUUAACAUCAGGAUCAGCUCUUGGCACAUUGCUCACUGGAUCUUUAGGUUCCUAUCUGUUGGAAAAUUAUAAUUGGGUAGUAGUUUUUCAAACAUUAGGAGGUUUGAGCUUGGCAUGGGCUGUGCUAUUAAGUUACCAUACCCUACCUUUUAAGGAAAAAGCAGCUUCUACUAAAUCAGCUACUAACUACACUUUGCCUUGGUUGAAGCUUUUAAAAAAACCUCCAUUCUGGUCAUGCGUAAUAGGUCAUGCUUGUCAAAAUAAUUGUUUUUUUGUAUUACUAUCCUGGAUGCCAAUGUAUUUUCAUGACACAUUUCCAGAAGUAAAGGGCUGGGUUGUAAACAUGGUGCCAUGGUUGUCUAUGUUGCCUUGUACAUUUUUUGGUAAAGCACUUUCUGAGAAGAUAAUAAAAGCAGGGUAUUCCAUCACAGUAACACGUAAAAUAAUCGAAACAAUAUGUUUCUUAACUGAAGUUAUAAGCUUAUUAUUUUUAGCAAAAGUUGAAACUUUUCAAAGUGCAAUAAUUUGUCUUGCGUUUAUAAUUGGCGGAUCAGGUUUUCAUAAUAAUGCAAUUGCAGUAAAUCCUUCAGAUCUUGCACCAAAACAUUCCGGAAGUGUAUUUGGAUUAAUGAACACCGUUGGUGCUAUACCUGGAUUUCUUGGAGUAUACUUUUCUGGAUAUAUGUUACAUGUAACGCACAGCUGGCCUGUUGUAUUUAUAUUCAUUGCUAUAAUAGAUGCAUUAGGGUGUAUAAUAUAUUUAUUAUUUGGUUCUGGUCAAGCAAUUAUAUAAAAUGACAUUCAAUUUA